AUGGCGUGGAACUUGGGCCCAGUAUCGAGAGAGAAAGUAGGUAGGGAGAGAGAGAGAGAGAGAGCGGGGGAGGUCAAGAUGAGCGCGCCGAUGCCGUUCUGGAGGGCCGCCGGGAUGACCUACAUAACGUACUCCAACAUCUGCGCCAGCCUUGUGCGGAACUGCCUCAAGGAGCCCCACAAGUCCGAAGCCCUCAGCCGCGAGAAGGUCCACUUCGCCAUCUCCACCUGGAACCAGGGCAAGGCCGAGAAGCCCGUAAUUCGUUCGGAUUUGCCGGAAGAGUGACAGCAAUGACAUGGGAUCAAUAAACGCUGAGAAGGGGAUGUGAAUGUCUGCUGAAGCUGAGGUUCUUUCAGUCGAGUGGGCAUUUUGUUGUUGAUCUGUGAUGACUACACCUUAUGAGACUGAUUCUUGAUUUUCUCAUCUACCCAUCGAUGUUUGAGUCGAAAUAAUGGUGCUCUUGCCCUUUGCAGAAUGUACUGCUCAACUUAUGCGAUGAAACUCUUGUUGACCUA